GAAAGUUAGCUAUCUUUCAACGUUUAACUACAAAUUAUUAAAAAUCAGUCCUCGAGUUCUGCUCCAUCCAGCAACGUUCGCAAUCUCAAGUUCGUAUCCUUCUAUCACGAUGAGUUGCUCCAACAGUCACUACGAUUACAUCCCUGAGUAUAUGAGAGACACAUUUAAAGAUAUAGCUGAUAAUUUAGAAGUGAAUUUGUUGCGGCUAAUCAAUGACGAAUUCAAACGCAACGAGCGAAGAUUUAAGCCUGUCGAUUUUGAGCCUGUUGGCAUUGCAGACACGGAGAAAAUGCUCAGAUUGGAUAAUAUCAGAUUGUGCAAUUGGCCUGGACUAGAGCUGGAGAAGUGCACAGUGGAUUGGAGAAAUGUCCACCUGAAUCUGGAUAUGAAAGUUGGCCGUAUAUUCAUGGAUGCAGAGUGUUACACCACAAACUCGAAUGGAGAGGAGUCUUUUGAAGGCGUUUUUAAAUUUUCUAUUGAUAAAGAGUCGACAUUCAAAAUUUACGUCGGUCUUAAAAGUGAAGAUGAUUCGCUUAUUCCCAUGACAUAUUACUAUGAGCUUAAUUUUGAUUAUAGUGAGAUUGAAGUGAUUUCAGAGUGUACUAAAGAAUUGGAUAAAGAACAACUGCAAUAUUUCAUUAGCGACAAUAUCAAAUCAUAUAUGCAUAAGAUUAUCAAGGAGACUGUUGAUGGUGAAGUUGUGUCGUUCUCCUACAGCGAACUGUUCAAUGACGAACCAGAUAUUAUGACAAAGUACCAAAACGACAGAAUGUCGAGUGAUUUAACAAAUUUUCUCGAUUCUGUGCACAGGGACAACAAAGAAAAACAUACUAUUCCAUUCCAGUAUUGCUUGAAGCAAGACAGGUUUUUGAUCAUGGCUAGUGCCCCUGAAGUAAUAAUGGAUUUGACUUUAUUACAUCGUGGCGAGUACGAGAGUUUCAGAGUCGAAAACGACAGAUCUAUUUUCUGCUCGGAUGGCGAUAUAUGUAACAUCCAUUGCUUGUUCAACAUUAUCUGCGACAAUGGUAAGAGUCACAAAUCGGCCACUUUCCUCGUAACUCCUCUGCGCACCAGUAUAUUCGUGGGAUUCGAACCUCCUUCUCCUGGACGUGGGCCUUUUGGUAAUACGCACAUAAGGGAAAUCACCGAUUUCAUGGUUGAAGAAGACUGGGGUGAUGAUUUACCGGAGGAGUGGGUGAAAGAUAAGGUCUUGCCGUACAUGAAGACGUACUUGAGAACUUAUGUAGCUUUGCUUUGCUGUAAAGCCAAUGAUUAUUUCGAAAAGUGGUACCGUUAAAUUUAUGUACCAGGUACCAUGCUCUGUAGCUUAAUUAUUAUAUAUAUAUUUUUUAAAUUAAACAUUUAUAUUAACUAAAUUAGGAACUCCAGGUCAAGCUUUACACAUCAGUGUUUCGAAAAGUAGUAAUACUAAAUUUAUAUAUUAGAUACCAUUUUCGUGCAAGCUUUACACAUAGUCAAAUUAAUGUUAAAUAAUAAUACAAUAAAAAAAACUUACCCUUUUA